AAGCGUCACAAGCAGGUGCUGGAGGAAAGGGAUUUGUCGUAGGAGUCUUACGUCUUGGUUCCUGUCUUUGCCACCUCUGAUGGCUUGCCCAAAGGCUACGGGAAACACUCCAAAUUUCCAAACAGUUCCGACAGAACCUGCACUCGGCUUAACUUUUGGCGAAUUUCUCAACCUCCUUUCCACAGUGUCGUAUGUAGUAAAAUGAGAGUGGUCGUCUGGAGGUAUCAUCUAAAUGAUCUCAUGCCAGCCACGUUUCUAGGCUAAUGCACCAAAGCAGUUUGCAGUGUGAGGCCAUCUCCCACCUCGACACUUUUCUAUUUCACUUUCGGAAGCACACCAUCUUCUCAUUUCCCCAGCUUUGGGAGUUCAAGAUUCUGCCAUAGUGUAUUUGCUGAGGACACAACAGCUAGACAGACCUAGCUGAUCCUGCCUAAGUCUUGAAGACUUUAUUGGAUUUGCAUCCUACUCCAUUAACUCCCACCUCCCUUGGGCUCUUUCAUGACACAAAUGGGAGAAAAAUGUGGAUGGAGAUAAAGGACAAAUCCUGAUGAUUCUCUCUGGGACCACCAGUAAAUGAACACAUCACUCGAAAACCAUAGCAGUUUCAAGUCAUGGAUACUAAUGAUGACCCCGAUGAAGACCAUCUUACAAGUUAUGAUAUUCAGCUCAGUAUUCAAGAAUCCAUUGAAGCCAGCAAGUCUGCAUUUUCUUCUGAAAGGUUUGUACCACUGAGUGAUCAAAACAGAAAACUUGUGGAAGCCAUAAAACAAGGUCACAUUCUUGAGCUCCAGGAAUAUGUGAAGUAUAAACAUGCAUUGGAUGAAGCUGAUGAAAAAGGAUGGUUUCCAUUGCAUGAAGCUGUGGUUCAACCCAUUCAACAAAUACUUGAAGUUGUUCUGGAUGCAUCCUACCAGACACUCUGGGAGUUCAAGACCUCUGAAGGAGAAACACCCUUGACUUUGGCAGUCAAAGCUGGUCUGGUGGAAAAUGUAAGAACUUUACUAGAAAAGGGAGUGUGGCCAAACACCAAAAACGACAAAGGAGAGACGCCACUUCUGAUUGCUGUAAAAAAGGGCUCCUACGACAUGGUGUUCACUCUGCUUAAACACAAAGCCAGCCUUGACCAGCCCUGCAUCAAGCGAUGGUCAGCAAUGCAUGAAGCGGCCAAACAAGGCCGCAAAGAUAUCAUAGCACUGCUACUAAACCACGGAGGCAAUGUCCACUUGAGAGACGGAUUUGGAGUCACGCCGUUAGGUGUUGCUGCUGAGUAUGGUCACUGUGAUGUGUUGGAACACCUAAUCCACAGAGGUGGUGAUGUGUUUGCUUUGGCGGAUGAUGGGGCGUCAGUAUUGUUUGAGGCAGCAGGAGGGGGCAAUCCUGACUGCAUUUCCCUCCUGCUGGAAUAUGGAGGAAGUGGAAAUGUACCCAACAGAGCAGGGCAUCUUCCAAUACACCGAGCUGCCUACGAGGGACAUUAUCUUGCGCUGAAGUAUCUUAUCCCAAUAACAUCCAAAAAUGCAAUCCAGAAAAGUGGGCUAACACCAAUUCACUCAGCAGCAGAUGGACAAAAUGUACAGUGCCUAGAGCUGCUUAUUGAAAAUGGCUUUGAUGUCAAUACCCUGCUUGCUGACCACAUUUCCGAGAGCUAUGAUGAUGAGCGGAAGACUGCGCUCUAUUUUGCCGUUUCUAACAAUGAUAUCCAGUGCACAGAAGUCCUUCUGGCUGCAGGUGCAGACCCAAACCUAGAUCCCCUCAACUGUCUACUCGUGGCAGUGAGGGCCAAUAACCAUGAAAUUGUCCGGCUGCUUCUCUCCCACGGAGCUAACGUCAAUUGUUAUUUUAUGCGUGUGAAUGACACACGUUUCCCCAGUGCCAUUCAAUAUGCCCUAAAUGACGAGGUAAUGCUGAGGCUGUUGCUGAAUAAUGGCUAUCAAGUGGAGAUGUGCUUUGACUGCAUGCAUGGGAACAUCUUUGGAAAUUCAUUUGUGUGGUCAGAGAUAGAAGAAGAGGUACUACCGGGGUGGACAUCUUGUGUAAUAAAAGAUAACCCGUUCUGUGAGUUUAUUACAGUUCCUUGGAUGAAACACUUGGUAGGCAGCGUUAUUCGUGUAUUAAUUGAUUACAUGGAUUAUAUCCCUCUGUGUGCUAAACUGAAGUCUGCACUACAAGUACAGAGAGAAUGGCCAGAAAUCCGUCAAAUACUAGAGAAUCCUUGCUCGUUAAAGCAUUUGUGUCGGUUAAAAAUUCGAAGACUUAUGGGUCUCCAACGACUCUGCCAGCCAGCCUCAAUGGAGAAGCUCCCUCUACCACCAACCAUUCGAAGAUAUAUAUUAUUUAAAGAGUAUGAUCUCUAUGGACAAGAGCUAAAAUUGCCAUAA